AUGCCGCGGCGUCUCCACCUGUUUCUGGCGAUUUCCAUUGCCACGUGGCAUUUCUCAGAUGCCACCACUUCGCAAAUUCGAAUGCCUGGAGUCGUGCCAGAGGCCGAUUCCUACCUAUGCACCUCACUGGAACUGAGUGAUCAAGAGAACUAUCUAACCGGAUUCAAAGCGCUCACCACCAAAGGAACCGCCCAUCACAUCUUGCUCUUCGGAUGCGAAGAGCCAGGAAGCGAUGAGUUGGUAUGGGAUUGUGGAGAGAUGAACAAGCCGAACGAUGAGAUGCCACGUGCCCCAACUUGCGGAUCCAAACCUGCUAUUCUCUAUGCAUGGGCACUCGAUGCACCACCAUUGGAGUUGCCGAAAGACGUCGGAUUCCAAGUCGGAGGAUACAGUAAUAUCCGCCACCUCGUCAUGCAAGUCCACUACAUGCACUCUAAAGAAGAGCCAGAUGAGACAGGUCUCGAGAUCACCCACACCGAAGAACCCCAACCAAAACUCGCUGCCACAAUGCUCCUGGUCACCGGCGGAACACUUCCAGCCAACAAAACCGAAUCAUUCGAAACCGCUUGUAUGAUUGAGGAAGACGUUGUGAUGCAUCCAUUCGCCUACCGUACCCACACUCAUCGUCACGGAAAAGAAGUCUCCGGAUGGUUGGUGAAGGAGGACCAGAGUCAGGAGGACCACUGGAAAUUGAUCGGAAGACGUGAUCCACAACUUCCCCAGAUGUUCGUACCGGUUGAGGAUGGAUCAAUGACAAUUCAGCAGGGAGAUAUGGUCACUGCCAGAUGUGUUAUGGCCAACAACGAGGAUCGGGACAUUCCAAUGGGUGCGACUGGAGAGGAUGAGAUGUGCAACUUCUAUGUGAUGUACUGGACAGAUGGAGAGGUAAUGAGAGACAACACAUGCUAUUCACCAGGAGCACCAAACUACAGAUGGGGACGAGAGGCCGCAUUGAAUCAUAUUCCUAAAUAG